CUCUACACAUAUACACAAUCUUUGCGUGCCUUCAUCAUCGUCUUCUUCUCUUUCUUCAAUGGAGGUUAAUAUCCGAGGCGGAUUCUCUCUUCUUCUUCUCGCUAUCUUCCUUUCAGGAGAUGAGGUUUCAGCAGCCGUGUUUAGGUUACAAAACAACUGUAGCUAUACAAUCUGGCCGGGGACGCUCUCCGGCAAUGACGGUGCUGCCUUAGGCGACGGCGGAUUCUCAUUAUCACCUGGCGCCUCUGUCGAGUUCUCUGCUAUGCCAGGCUGGUCGGGCCGGUUCUGGGCCCGAACCGGUUGCACUUUCGACGAAUUCGGAAACGGUAACUGCCAAACCGGCGAUUGCGGCAGUACUCUUAAGUGCAACGGCGGUGGUGCACCACCGGUUUCCUUAGCCGAAUUCACCAUCGGCGGCGGCGGCAUCAGUAACAGCGACAAGGACUUUUACGACGUCAGUCUAGUGGACGGGUACAAUGUGGGAAUCGGCAUAAGGCCAACAGGUGGCGCCGGCGACUGUCUCUACGCCGGUUGCAUAGACGACCUGAACAUCAAGUGUCCGGCCGAGCUGAGAGUAGUCGACAACAAUGGCGUGGUGGUGGCUUGUAGGAGCGCGUGCGAUGCCUUCAAAGGAGCUGAGUUCUGUUGCACUGGGGAGCAUGCAACUCCGGCGACAUGUGCUCCGACGCAGUUCUCGGAGAUGUUCAAAGAGGCGUGCCCGAGUGCUUACAGCUAUGCAUAUGAUGAUGCUUCCAGUACGUUCACUUGUUCCGGGUCGGAUUAUCUGGUAACAUUCUGUCCAACAACUAGGUUUUGAUAUCAGAG